CUGCCUGCGGCCGACGGAAACAGCUGGCCUCAUGGCCUUUGGGGGUGACAGCAGGCAUCACACCCCUAAAGAAGUUUACAAGUGAGAAGAGAUGGAGUAGGAGACCUCAUGGAGCGGUCUCUAAUGACACUUGUUCUUUGAGACAUCUGACUUUCAGCUUGAUUCUGUCCAUCAUUCCCCAUAAUUGCAUUGAACAGACUUCAGAGUGGGAGCUGCCCCUUGUCUCUUGCCUGUCCAACUCACCAUGCCUCAUAUCUGGAUAUUAUAUAAGAUUGCCAAUAAUCAUCUCACCUCAAAGGGGGCUAAUCUGGGCUGAGCUGGAAGAGAGUAGCAAAAACAUGAAGAAGUUGGAUGCUAUGACCCUCAUUAAAGAAGAUAUGUCCAUAUUUGGGCACUGCCCUGCCCAUGAUGACUUCUAUUUGGUUGUGUGUAACCACUGCAGCCAGGUGGUGAAGCCUCAAGCUUUCCAGAAGCACUGUGAAAGAAGACAUGGGCCCCUCAGCAAGCUUUAUGCCCGGGUCCCACCCCCACCUCCAGCCCCUGCCAGCUCUCAGAAAUGCCACGUAGUCAAUGGGCAGGGCCCAGCUUGUAGAGCCCCAGGUUCCGCCAAAACCUCCUCCAGGGAGAAGGGCCAGGGGUCCCGGAGCCGUGGCCAUCAGCCUCCAGAGAAGACCCAGAAGGACAACCUCUGCCUUUUCGUGCCUGUGGUGAAUCUGGAGAAGAUGUCCAGUCUCCCGAAGCCCGAUGGACAUGGAAUCAGGGUGGCCCCACCCUCUGCUUUCCUCAGCCAGCCAGGCGGCCUCCCCAAGGACUCCCCUGGAAAAGCCCCCAUGGCUCUCCCUUCUAAAGAACCUCCUGGCAGAGAGAGCAGUGAGAUAAUCCCCAGUGAGGGUUCCAGCCACCGGGCCGAAAGCAGCCCCCCGGAGAAGGAGCCCAGUGGGACCAGGCUGCCCCCCAAAACCCACCGGAAGAUGGCUCGGAAGGAGUGUGACCUCAACAGGCAGUGCGGAGUCAUAAAUCCAGAGACCAAAAAGAUCUGUACACGCCUGCUGACCUGCAAGAUCCACUCGGUGCACCAGCGCCGAGAGGUCCAGGGCCGGUCCAAGGAUUUUGACGUGCUAGUGGCAGAGCUGAAGGCCAAUUCCCGCAAAGGGGAAUGUCCCAAGGAGAAGAGCCCAGGGCGCAAGGAGGCGGCGCCCUCCCAGGAACCUCCCUCCUCAAUCCAGGUUGUGGCAGCAGCAGCUGCACCUAGCAGCACCUUUUCUGCUCGUGCCAAGCAGACCUACCCAUACUGUGCAUUUCCCAGGUCCCGGGCCUCUUCUGAGAGUGAAUUGGAUGAAGAAGGCCCCUAUGGUGGUGAUGGGGACCCAGGUCUGUUCCCUUUCCCCCUACCCCGGGGUGGGGCCCAGGCCUCCAGCGAGGAAAGUGAGGAGGAGGGGACAUCAGAGGACCUUCACCUCCCUCCCGACUGCCAUUAUGCAACCCGGCCUCCACGCCCACAGGCGUUCUGCACCUUUGGGAGCCGGCUAGUGAGCCCAGGAUGCUAUGUGUUUAGCCGCCGGCUGGACCGGUUCUGCUCGGCACUCAGCUCUAUGCUGGAGCGGCACCUCAGUUCACACAUGUGGAAGAAGAUCCCACCAGCUGAACCUCCAUCGCACCUUGUCAGUUCCUCCUUAUCUGCUCCCCUGAGCCCACCCACUAUGGGCAGCUGCCCCCGACUUCCAGGCCCACCCCCCAGACCUGCCUGCCCAGCCUCUACGCCUCCCAUCAAGGACAGCCUGGUCCCUAGCUACCCUGCAGGCUCUCCUAGUGUAGCAGCUGCCUGCAGCCAGGCUGAGUGCAUGGGCGGCACCCAGGCCAUCACCUCACCUCUACCCGCCAACACACCAUCUCCAUCCUUCAGCAAGCUGCCACCUUCCAAGGCCAGCAAGUUGUCCAAAGGCAAGGAUGGGGCAGAGGUGGAGGCUCCUUCUCGAAAGCGGAAGUUAUCCCCAGGCCCUACCACUUUCAAACGGACUUGCAUUCUGGAGCCCACUGGAAAAGGCAAACCCUCUGGCUGCCGGGGUCUGUCAGCCAAGACUAAAACAGCUCUGAGCAUGGGGCUUAAUGGGACAGUGGGGCCAAGGGUAAAGAGAACAGGGCCCCUGGACUGUCGGGGUUCCCCACAUCCACCUCCCACACCGGUCAAGGCUCAGCUGGAGAACCGGGAUGUCGUCAGUCACCCAGCCAAGGCCUUGCCGACCAACUGCCUCUCUGAGGAGGAAGUAGCCAAGAAGAGGAAAAAUCUGGCCACUUACUGCCGGCCAGUGAAGGCCAAGCAUUGUCAGGCUGGUGUCCCUGCUGAUACAGCCUGCUCUAUGCGCCGCAAGAAGCCAGGCCCAGCCCUGGCCUUUGAGGAGAAGUGCUCUACACUGAAGUCAAAAGCCCAUUAACAAGAAAGUGCCUGUCCAUUGCAACGGAGCCGCCAACACCUCCUCCCCUCCAGACCAGGCCCCAGGCUGCUGCCACUUUUUAUAACUUUAUAUUAUUUUUUUUAAGAAAAAAACUCUCUUUAAAAUACCUC